GCCGUCCAGAUCGGACCUGUUUGUUCGAUUUUCCGCUUAUUUUUGUUUUUGGGAUACAGACUUGCUAGCCAAGCAUCGGUACAGCUUCGCUUAUCGGUGGAGAUCGAUUCCAGUGCGUUACUCCCGAGUGCUUUUGUUUCAAGAUGCGCGAAAAAAUCUUGCGGUGAUUUGUUUUCUUUCACAUUUCCGCUCAACAACACAAACCGUGGGGAUUUACGAACGCCGGAGGAAAAAGAAACCUGUUCCGGGCUCGGAAGUGUCGAUGCUGUUAGAUGAGAUUAGCCAGUAAUUGGAUUUGCGCAAGAAUUUGUUUUAUUUUUUAUGCUUUUGAACCAAUUUAAGCUGUCAAGUAAAGCUGGGGGUGUUGAUGGCCAAUAAUUUUGGAGCCGUUUUAUCGCAGUGAAGUGUUUGUCUUGUGUUCUGUUAAGCGAGAUAGAGGAAACAAAACGAGUGGUAAUCGCGACGGAAGCGAACCAGUGGUUGACCCAAAUACGGCCUUGAAGUGUGUGACCCAGUCAGUGCGGAAAACGUGGAGAAUACAUGAUUGAUGGUACUCUCAGUGUGGAUAAGAAUGAUGCCCAUCAACGAAUGAGGAGAAAAUCGACGAUUAUUUUGUAAGAAAAUAGAAAAAAAAGGUGUCUUAAGAGUGUGCCCAACUCAACAUGGAUAGCACCAACAAGAGGCGUCCGGUGGGUUUGAGGACUACCGGACGAUGGCCAUUCGUAGGAAACUAUUCCUUCUUGAUGGCGCUGCUGUACGGUCUCUUUGUGGUCGCGGUGCUAACGCCUGAUGUAACCGUAGAGGGAUUGCGCCUGAAGAGGAGAGAGUCUAGCUGUUAUUAUAAUGGGACCCACUUUAUGGAGGGCUCGAUUGUGCCGACGAUGGAACCCUGUCUGAUGUGCAAGUGCCAGAGUAAAACGUUAAUUUGUGCGCUGAAGGUUUGCCCGGAACAACCGAUUCCCCCACCAAGAGGAUGCAUACUGGUACACAAGAAUGGUGCCUGCUGUCCGUACCUUCAGUGCUCGAAGCUUCAUUUAGCCACCAAAAACAGCGGUGAUCGAAAGAAGAUCCAUUUUCUGGACUACUAUCAAAAGGCAGCCGAGGAACGGCUAUCGAACCCUAACUCCUACCUAAGGAGAUCCGAUGACGAUGAUGUGGAGGAAAUGGGAGCAUGCAUCGUUAACGGAACGGUGUAUAAAUCUGGGUCGGCCAUGACUUCAUCAUCUCUGUGCUCGUAUUGCUACUGCAUCAAUGGGCAGCAGAAGUGCGUCAAACCAAAGUGUGCCUUGCCGAAUCCCCGAUGUGCUCCGAUUUUUAUCGAUUCGGCCUGCUGUCCUAUCCGAUAUGAUUGUACGGGAAAAACACCGAUCAACGCAACGACCUCGACCGAGCAACCGAGUCCGGUUCGCAGAAUCAACAAUCGACACUAUCUUAGAACCGUGGAACAGAAGACCAACAAGAACAGUGGUUGCGUCGUUAAGGGAAAGACCUAUCCGGAAGGAGACCGUGUUAGUUCACCUGAUCCUUGCGAGGUUUGCUACUGUAUUCGGGGUUCGAAGAAAUGCACCCCAAAGAAGUGCGCACCAGCUAUCAAAGGUUGCACACCACGUGUCCCUAGAGGGGAGUGCUGUGCGGUGCGGUAUGACUGUAAGCAUGAUGGUGAUCAGAAAACUUUCGCUCGAAAAAUAGAGGAUGAACAGGAAUCAUUUGACUUUUUCUCAAUUCUAUUUGGUCCUGAUCCCGAUGAACCAAAGGUGGAAGGAAAGAAUGUUACCGAGCCCCUGGUAACCGAACCACCACCGGUGGUUAGUAGCACUUCGGAGAAGAGUUUCUUCGACUUCUUGAAGGCUGGUUUGGAGUUAAUCGAUAGUAAUUCGGAUGAUUUAUUGACCGAAACAACGACAGUGGCUUCGGCACUGAAUGCGACUACCACAACCACCACCGACGUUGCUCCGGCCACGGAGAAAACAACCGAGUUGCAUACCGUCCGUGUUGAGAUAAUCCAAGAACCGCAAACUAUCUACAUUGAGAAGCCAGAUUUUAAUUUUCCUCCCAGAAGUACAAUUCCACCCCCGUUGCUAAAAUCGAAUGGUAUGAGAAACGUGACGGUGAGUACGAUGGUGAAAAGUACUUCUACUCCGGCCCCGACGACCACGAGAGUCAAAACGACGACGUCAACAUCAACUACGACAACAGCCAAAACGACAACAACGACACAAACCCCAACAACGACGACGACACAAGCGCCAACUACGACAACGACGACAAAAGCACCAACUACGACGAAGACAACAACACCAGCACCAACAACUUCGAAGAAAAGAGCACCAACUACGACGACGACAACAACACCAGCACCAACAACUUCGAAGAAAAGAGCGCCAACUACGACGACGACAACACCAGCACCAAAAACUUCGAAGACAAAAGCGCGAACUACGACAACGACGACACCAGCGCCAACUACGUCUGCUGCCACUCCAACGACAACGGUGACGGUUACCGAAAAAGCACCCGCGAGAGCACAAAUUGUGGUUGAUUCGACGAAUGAAGAGCCGGAGUUCCAUAAACUGGAAUCUGAUUCUUUACUGAAAGAAAAUUUAACGGAAGUUUCGAAUUCGUUGACAGACUUAGAACUGUCACAAGAGGUUUCGUCUACCACCGCCAAUCAAAAACCGUCGCCAGUUAUCACUACUCCGAAGACUACAGUCACCGCGUCACCUUCCACUAGCACAACGACCGAACGACCGCAAAAAUCGGAACAGACGCCGCUGACGGAGAGGGCGUCAACUGAGAAACCGAUUGAGGUACUCAUCAAGGUGGAUGAUUUCGUCGACAAGUCGGCUGUGGAAUCGAUCCUACAGUCGCUGCAUGCGAAGAUAGAAAGCGUAGCCAAUUCGGAGGUGAUUCCUGCAGUUACCGCGGUUAUCACGAAGCGACCCAACAACAAGUUUGUAGGCUAUGAAAUCGAGAAACUGCCAACGACAAUAAUCGACAGUACGGUGGUAACUUCGACUGCCCAAAGCACAACUGAAGAAGUGCUUACCGAUCACACGGAAAUAGGAACAACCGAAGAAGAUGAAAUAGAAACUACGACCAUGGAUGAUGAGAUAACUCAUAGCUCGACAGAGGGUACUAGUGUAGAUGACACCAGUACUACCGAUCUUUCAGAGGAGUCAGUUUCAACUAGUAACACGGAGGAACAGUGGGAGACUUCUACUACAGAGGUAUCCAGUGCUGUUUCUACGACAGCGGUGACAGAUUUGGCUGCAGUUGAGUUUAAAACUGACAAUGAAACCGAACUUUCCGUAUCGGAGGAUGUUACUCAGACUUCUACUGAUCUGCCGAUAACCACAACUCCGAAGCCUAAAACAGUUAGCCAGAAGAACACCACGAAGCCACUGAUUACCAAAGAAAACAAUCUGUUGUCCGUUCUGCUGACGGAGCUGUCGAACAUCUUCGAGUCCACGAAGAACGAUUCGGGCAAACAGAACGCAAAAAAUCGAACCGAGUCCCGGCCGGUGACUCCGAAACCGAUUCCAAUCGGUGAAUUCCACCGACCUAGCAGUAUUCCCUCAAUACUGGAGUCGGAUAUCAACUUGGACUAUGGCGAGGCAACACUUCCGCCGAGUCUUCCGAACUUGAAAAUCAUACCUUUCCUGCCUGCCGAUGCAGUAAAGAAAAAUGAUGCUGCAAUUCCAAUGGCCGCUCCGUACGAUUUUUACAAACCAAACCCAACGAAUUAUCCUUUGAUUGGUGAGAACUACGAACCCUACGGCAUCCUUAGCGAACACGAACUGCACCCGGGAGUGCCAUUCAAGCCGCCAAAAUACGAGUACAGUUACGAUCCAUCUCUCAACUAUCCUGCACUGACGGAGAACUACGGCAUGGAGUCGAAGAGCAAUCAGUAUAAUGCCAAGAUUGGCAUUCGGAACAAAUACGACACGAUCAACGAUCCGGACUAUGAUUACUCGGACACGGAUGCACUGGCAAAGUACGACAUCCACUCGAAGCAGGAACUGUUUAAGAACGAAUUGAAGAAGUUCAUUCCGGCAAAAUACGAGGCACCCCAAGAAGGAACGUACGUUCCUGUUUACGAUAAGUACGGCGUCGGUUAUCCGGAGAAGAAUGUGUACUAUGCGAACCAUAAGGAAAAGUACGAACCGGUAGUGUACAACGCUGCUAAACCGGUGGAGAUCAGCACCGAACACGCGCUGUUCCGAGUAGAGGAAAAACCCGUAUCCCCGCUGGCCGCAGCAAGUGGAUUCUCACCACCAACUAGAACGGAAGGGGGUUUCUUACCAAAGGAUCACAUCAAGGAGGACUUUUACUACGCGACAACCGUGUCACCAAUUGAACACAUCACCGACGACCAUCCAGUGGUCGCCAAGUUACCGUUCAACACCACCACUUUCAAGUUUGGAGUCACUCCAGCGAACCCCUUCAUUGACGUUAUCCGAACGGAGCCUCCACCACCGCUGAUCAGUCUGAUCGAGGACAAAGAAAAGCUCUUCUCCGUGUAUCACUCGGUAGCGAAGAACAACUACUCCUCGCUGGAUGAUCUGCUGGACAAUGACAACGUCGAUAGUGCGGAGUAUGACAAGCAGAUCAUCUCGAUCACAACCGAUGCCAACUAUUUGUCAACGAUUGACAGCUCAACACAGGACGAAAGCGAUCCGGCAACCGGCCAAAGUACCGUAAAUUUCUCGCUUCCACCAAUGGCACCAGAGCCGAUGGCAGAACACUUGCGGAACAACUCCGAGCCGGAGCCGAGCGGCAUGUUCAGCUUGGAGAACGUUCUCAGCUAUUUGUUCCGUGAGGACGAACUGACGCACGAUAAUGCGAUCAAGAACUCCACGCUAAACAACUCGGAAUAUCCGGAAGGCGUACCGCCUUUCCGAACAACUCCAUCUCGUAUCAGUGGAGCUUACAAUCCUUCAGCCAGUCUAGAUUUGGGCGAAGUUAAACCACCAUCCGAAGAAGAACAACAUGAUGGAACAGUUUUAUUGAAGGUGGAAAGUGCGUCCAAUGGACCGCAAGUCCUGUACCGACCGUCCUUGAUGGAUCUACCCUUCCUGACGCCCAACUUCCACGCAAGCAGCAACGCUGGUAGUGACGCAGAGUUCAAAAACGACAUCGAUCGGUUUGGCUACAUGGAUCCGGAUGUCGAGCACUAUCAGGUGAUUUCAGAUGGUCCGCCGAAUACCAUUCCCAACUCGGACACGACCUACGUGGUGAACCCGGUCGACAUAAACAAACUGAAGCAGCACCACUCCGAGGGCACGGCGGAGAUCACGAUGAAAUCGAAGGUUUACAGUCUGAAGGACACGGUCGGCAUUCUGAAGCUGGCCGGCUGUAACAUCUACGGCCGGAUGUACAGGGUUGGUAGGAUAAUUUCCGAACUGUCCGGACCGUGUCUGGAGUGUAAAUGUACCGAGGUGGGCGUGAACUGUACGCCUCUGAACUGCUGAAGAAAAGUUUGGCGUGGGUGAGUGAGUGCUGAGUGUGUAGUUUGUAGAAUAUAUGUCCGAAGAAGAUGUUUUAUGUGUGUGAGACUGAGUAGCAGUGAUUUUCGUGAUAUUAACUUAUGAACUAUAAGAAAAUUGGUAGGUUUAAUAGAAUGUCGACCAGAAGUGCUUAGCUCGUACUUUAAUCGUACCUAGCGUAAGUUCUAUUUUAUAAAUUCGUAUUCUACGCAAACAAAAGCGGUGAAACCAUUUCGAAACGCUGUAUUUGUAGGAAAACAAUUUUAAUGAAAGUUUUAGAAACCGCCAUUUAAUACUCACCAAGUCAAUCGCAGGUUGAUGGUUUCACAGUUUAACAUCACAAUCUAUUUUUUGAUUGCCCGUAAUCUACCAUUUUGCUUAGUAGAAGGUAAUUAAGUGGGGCCUCGGAUGCUAAUUGGCCUCCAUUCUCUAUCCGGUGAAAGUCGGCUUGUAACUGCGACACGGACUUGAUUAAUCGGCAUAAAUUUUAGCAAACUAAUUGCUUUUUCUAAGCUAAGUUGUAUUUAAGAGUAGUUAAAUUGUACGGGAAUAAAAUGACUAACGAAAUAGAAUAA